GUAGAAAAUAGCGUUAUUCAAAAAGCUGACUCCGUAAAAUUGUAUCGUAUGAUGUUGCUUCAUGUCGUUUGCAAAGAGUAAAGCUUUUAAGGAGAGAGAACAGAAUGCAAGAGAAAGAGUCAGAGAAGUUGCUAAACAAGAUCUGGUGGCAGAUUUAUGCAGGUGUUUAUGUAUUAAGCUUACAUAAAUUUGGUAUCUUGCAUUGGCCGUACGGCGCUGGCUACAGGCUAGGGUUGAGCUUGAGUUGUUUUCCGUUUGUUUUUUGGUGUUUUAAUGUAUCGUAAAUCCUUUUUUUUCUACUGAAAUUAUAUAGGUUGUUUGGAGAUACAACUUUCAGCGACGUGUUAUUCAUUGUAAAGAAUGUAGAAUUUCAAGCUCACUCAGUUGUUCUUAGAGCCAGAGCACCAUGUUUCUGUCGACGUUUUCUUCCAAACCAUACUUCGCCGGCGUCUGUCCAAACUUGCGUCCAAAUAAAUGGAUUAGAAGCUGCUGAAUUCGAAGCAUUUCUAAGGUAAUGAUUAAUGACCUAAAGCCACGUCUUAAGCGCUGUCAACCCCCCCACGUCUUCAAAUAUUGAGAAUUGAUGCGGGAGGGAUGAUAAAUUACGUCAUAAUGCAAACGGCACAUGACGUCUUUUGUGGAAAAAAACGCGCGAAAAAAAUAUUGUUGGAAUAUUGUAACAUUUGACCUAACUAGCUCACUUCCCACCAAUCACGUUAUUACUUAUAUUACAAUGGCAUACCAGAGUUUGUGAGGAAACGUUCGUUGUUAACAGUAAAAUAGCUCGAACAACGCAAUUUUGAAAUAAUUUUGUCAGAAAGUCGAUUCUACAAGAAAUUUCAAACUUUGGCGAUUAUCCAGGAGAUUUCAGACUCCAAUCUGGGGACUGGGAGAAACAGUUCAAAAUCUGGAGUCUCCCGGAUUAUCUGGGAGAGUUGACAGCCCUGCGUCUUUGCUUAUGCGCCUGGAAAAGGGUCAUCUUUACAGUAUCGCUGAGAUAAUGAUAUUGCGAUGUGCUAGAAAACAGUCUGCUACUUACCAUGCUUGUUAGAAAAGUAGCUACCCACUCUCAGCCUUCCUUCAUCCUGAAGAUCUUUUGUCGCUGCUAGAUUCAGCUUCUAGCUGCUCCACAGAAGGCUGUGCAUAAAAUUAGACUUAUAAGGUGUAGUAAAUUUAAGACAAGAUCUUUGGCCUAUAUCAGUCAUGCAGGAACUCACCUUGGAAGGCUGUUCCAAGAACUUUGUUGUACUCUAUUUUGCUUUUCCUUAAAUAUUUCCUAUUGUCUGCAUUGAGUUACAGCCCAUCUCCACCUCCCUGUCCUCCACCAAACCUGAAAAUUAAUGCUAUACACCUUAUUCUCAGAUAUCAUAAUAUACUAGGAACUAUGAAAGGAAUGUUGAAUUAUUGAAAUUACAUGCGUUUUGAAUUAUUGACACUUUUACAAUCACUACACCCCAACACUGGUAUUUUCACUGUGCUACGUGACUACCUACCUUGGUGAAAACUGGGUUCCAUUCAGAGACCUAUCCAGAAAUGUUUCCAUGCAUAAUCAAACUGAUGUAAUUGUGUACCAUCUAAUACUGUUGUUUCUAAAGGUCUUGUUACACUGAUGAUGAUUUUAAAGACUACAAGGAAUCCAGCUAUCCAUGGAGAAAGCAGAUAACAGCAGACUCAGAUCAGCAAGAAUAUGUUACUUGCGUAAAUGAGCAAACGGAAGUCAAUGCAGUUCCUCAAGAUAAUAUUAGUGGAAUUUCCACUCAGUUUGGCUGCAUGACUACUGGUUAUAAACAAGAUCCACCCACCCAAAAUUUUGUUCAACAAGUUAAUGUCACAAAUGCACAAUUGGAUUGGAAUGUAGAGACUUCUGUUAAAGAUGGAAUUGUUGGUGAUGUUGAUGGUAUAAAAGUAGAUUCUUCAGAAACAAGUAGUAGUGGUGCUGACAUUGUUCCUAGCAGACCAUUUCAAUGUAGGUCUUCCUGUGAAACUACAAUAAAUGCUAACUACUUCAAUGUUAAUUCUGGCUGUUCAUCUUUAAUAAUUACAAGUAACGAUAACAACAAUAUUGCUGAUCCAGUUGGAGCUUCUCCUUUACAAGUGGACUGCACAAAUCAGUGCUAUAAUGACUUGGUUGAUCAUGGUAGUGAGGACCAUACUAAUGAUUUAGGCUGCCAGCUGGUUCAGACUUCAAGCAGUGUAGACAAAAUUAACAGUGCGUGCAGUACACCACUUUCUAAUGGCAAUCUGGUUAAGAAAGACAAUAUUGUCCAGAAUGAAGGCAAUGAAAAUUGUCUUCAAUCCAAUCAAGGAUAUGGUAAGCUAGAACUGAAUCACUCAUCAACAAGGGAAAUCUUCACGGGAGAUAUAAAUGCAGAGGUUAGAGCAAUUUGCCAAAAUUUAUUCUUGGCUCCUUGUUUCUUCUUAUUUAGGAACCGAUAAUCAAAUUUACGUUUUUUUCCUCAAUUUGUAGUGCUGCAAUAUUGGCCAGGAUUUGCUGCGAUUGUUAAUCAGUGAUGCAGGGUCUGAUGUUACAUUUGUGAUAAAUGGAGGCAAGGUAAAAGCACACAAGUAAGUGCUGCUGCCAUACUUAUCAGACCACUUUACAUUAUACAUAUUGUCCUUCUGAAAUCUGACCAGGAAUCAGGUAGACAGAGAACCACUAUGUGGAUGUGCUACCUCUAAAAUAUUAUUUAUUUAUUUAUUAUUUAUUAAUGGUUGUGGCUGCCAAACAUCUUUCUGCCUGCAAUAAUAAUAAAUAAUAAACUAAUUAUUAGUUUAUGGUGCCAGCAGAAUGUCUGAAGGGGAAACUAAAUUCCCAUUCUAAGGCAAACUAUGUAAUUCCACAGUUAAUCCUUAAUUCUAUAUUUGAUGUUGAAUAUUAUUGUAGAGCCAUUCUCUGUGCACGUUCCAAUUACUUCUCAGCCAUGUUGCAUGGGAAUUGGGUUGAAGGAAAAACUAAUGAGAUUCCUUUGAUUGGGUGAGUAUGUACAGUUUGACCAAGAACUGUUUAAAUAUUGACUCUUUUAAAAGUAGACACAUAUUAUAACAAUAACAACAUAUUAUGUUGUUCUAAUUUUUUAUUUCAGUUAAUUUUUAUUCAAUAUCCAUUGUUUUGGGGUAUGGAAAUGUAUGCUAGUGAAUUUAAAACAAAGGAAAAACAAAAAUUAACUGGAAUAAAAAAUUAACUGCAACAUAUACAUCACCUUAGGAACUGAUUUUCAAAUUAAAUAUAGUUAAGUCUGAGUUAAUUAGCAAGAUGCAUCAUAUUAGAAGAGAGGCCUCUAGUUCAGUUAGGUUGUGGAUCACUUUUUUCCUUUGCUUUGAAAAUGGUGCAUUUUGACAUUUUGUCUUGCAAAUUGGUAUGACCUUAUCUCUUGAAAUCCCACCUCAACCACUCACUCACUCACUUGCCCACUCAUCCUCUUCAUCCUGGCUGUGAACCAAUGCCACAAAAUCCUACCUAAAGCUACUCAAUUCUCAGAUAUUUAGACUAAUAGUAUCACCAAUAGUAUGGUAUCUUUUGGGGAGUUAGCAUGGCGCAGUGGUGAGAGCACUCACCUCCCACCAUUAUGGCUGGGGCUUGAAUCGUGGUGUCAGAGGCCAUAUGUGGCUUGAGUUUGUUGUUGCUUCUCUCCCUUGCUCCAAGAGGUUUUUCUCCAGGUACUCCGGUUUUCCUGUCCUUAUUUACCAAAUAUACUUCCAAAUUCCAAUUCAAUCUAGAAUGCACUGACACAUUUCAACAAGUUCUAAAAGUGCUCUGUGGGUAACCAAAUUAAUGCAAAAUUGCAAAAUUUCCUCUAACUAAUUUUCAAAUAUUAUUGUCUUGACUGUACAUGUUUAUUUAUUUAUAGAGUGAACUAUGAUGGCUUCAUGACUGUGCUUAAGUACAUGUAUGGAGGAACAACUAACAUUGGUAGUGAUUUGGCAGUUAUGUGGUGAGUUAAUCUGCUCAUAUAAUAAUAUUGUUCAUAAUAGCAUUGAGAGUACAUUAAAUAAUUUAGUCAUCAUUUUUAUGGAUGAUAAUGAUGAUUAUGAUUAUUAUUAUUAUCAUCAUCAUCAUAAUAUGGCAUCAAAUUUAAGGUGGCUCCGUAAUUAAUACAAGAGCAUUUAGCUGAGACAAAUUUUCCGUCAUAACUUUUUCGAUUUUAACGCGAUGGCUGCGAAACUUUGCAAAGAACAACAGAUAUCAUUCGGCAAUAAUACGAAAUAUUCCGAUUUCAUUGAUGGUAAAUAUUUCUUGAGAAAUUAGCGCUUAAAAGGACCCUACUGUUCAAAAAAUAAAAAUAAAAAAAUAUCAGCAAAAUUUUUUACUAGAAGCGAUUUUCUUUGAACAGUAGGGUCCUUUUAAGCGCUAAUUUCUCAAGAAAUAUUUACCAUCAAUGAAAUCGGAAUAUUUCGUAUUAUUGCCGAAUGAUAUCUGUUGUUCUUUGCAAAGUUUCGCAGCCAUCGCGUUAAAAUCGAAAAAGUUAUGACGGAAAAUUUGUCACAGCUAAAUGUUCUUGUAUUAAUUAAGGAGCCACCUUAAAGGUAAUUAUGUAUUUUUGCAGUGACACAUUAUCCCUUGUUGAUAUGUACAACCUGGAUGGGCUGAAAGAAAUCAUAGUCUGCAAUUUAAGAAUUGAAAAAUGUCAUUUGUUUCAUAAGGUAAGAGUGUCAAUAUUGAGCAGUGUAUUUUCUUGUUCAUCUACAGCUCUUAUUAGUAAUAUUCUUGCUCAAUGCAUUCCUGGUUUGUACUGUAAGUUAUGCACUAGUAAUUUUCCUCUUGGAUUUAUGGCCCAUGUAAGAAGCAUGCAGGUCAAAAAAUUCAAAGAGGAAAGCAGUCAAGUCAAAUUCUGUUUUUGGCCAUACUUCCACUAAAAUGCUGUUAACUGUCAACAAAACGGAACCAUUAUAGAAUUUUCUUGCUUCACUUUUAAGUAAUGUAAACUGCAAUACAUGUUUCUUUAUUUUGAUAUUAUGAGCUUUUUAUUUUUUCCUGCAGCCCUGUGGUGAAUGUAUAACAGGCAUCUCUGAGUGUUUAGAAGUAUCAGAACUCUUCAAUCUCACUGAACUCAAGAAAUCUUGCAUCAAGUAUGCUGAUUUUGUGAUAUUUCUGUAAAAAGUGACGUUAUUUUUCUACCAGAGAAAUAAUUUUCCGACAUCAUGUUGCAUUACAUUUUUUCCUAUGUAGCCUACCUUUUUGUCAACAUGCAACUCUGUUUCUGUCUUGCUAGCCUUGCUAGCCUUGCUUUUUUUUUUUUUUUGACUUUUCCAACUUUUAUUAAAAGAAAAGUUGCCCUGCAUAGAACAGUCACCAGCCUCCCCUAGCUACCCUGGACUAUCCAAUAUUUUAAACAAAUGUGGCGGAUCGUUAACAUGAGAAACUAAAAGUUGGCUCAGUUAGAGGGUCGACCAGCAUAGCAAGGUCACCCUUUUCUAAUGAUAGGGUCACCUUUGUAGCUGAGGCCAACUUUUCUCCAUAAAAAGACUUUGGGUUGCCAAGCCACAGACGCCGAUCUAGGAUAAAUACUGACUGAUUUCCUAGCCUCAGAAAACAGCCGACAUUUGGCAAAGCUACCACUGGUUUCCCCACCAAAUGAAAUCUGAGAAACGAGGGCAGAAAUUCCAUACUGAUGACGCAUCACUACCCAGAUCUGUUGGUUGAAUCAAAACUCCCACGCGGCACGACCAAUCAGAAGCACUACCCAGAUCUGGGCAGUGAUGCGUCAUCAGUAUGGAAUUUUUGCGCUCGUUUCUCAGACAUCAUUUGGCGGGGAAACCAGUGGUAGCAUCGCCAAAUGUUGUCUGUUUUCUCAGGCUAGUGAUUUCUUAAACAAGCGCCAAAUGCUCAAGCUUCCAGCAGGGUACAGUGCAGGCUCCCCAAGGAUAUUUUUUUUAUUUUUACUCCUUAAAGUCCCCUAUCCUGGGUUUCCGAGUCAUUCAGACAGGAUAUUGGCCAGAUUUCAUCUUGCAAAGUGUUUUUAUUAUCAUUAAAAAUAUAUUUAUUAUGAAAAAUGUGAUCGAUUUCCGUAAACCGGUGUGGAUCCACGCCUGACCGGGUCAACUCAGUCAGGGGCACCCAACGACAAUUUUCGGAAAAUUAUCUGUUCGGAAGACGAUUUGAGAUCUAGAAUUUUCGGAGCAUUUUCUGUAAAAUUUCUUGCUUGCCUGCUUCUCCUAGGAUUUUCGAACAUCAAAAAAAAGGUAUAAUUGCCCAUUUUUAACGGAUUUUUACCCUAAAAAGGUCACCUAGAAUUUUCGGGAGCCUUUUUUCUGGCUGAAAUUUUCGGAAAGGUAGAUCUUGAUCCCUAUAAUUUUCGGAUCACUAUACUUUCAGCUAGGAAAUCCAAACAGAUGAAAAAUUUUUAGGGGAUAAAAAUAAGCCUUUAUAUACUGUUUAAAUACUAAAGUACGUUCAACAAUGCUAUGUUUAUGUGGUUUUGAACUAUAUUCUCGUUGGGUGCCCCUGACUCAGUCAAGACGAGAUAAUCAGAGCAUGCGGGAGCGCUGUUUCAGACAAUCAGUGCAUGUGCACACAUUGUUAGCUCGGGCAAAGGAGUCAAGUUUUUUUUCUCAUAUAUUAAAUCACUCACUAAAGUUGACUCGGCAGUGAGGGUUAGGAACUGAACGUUUUUGUUUUUGUUUUUUUUUUUUUCAGAUGGAUGGCAAAACACUUUGAUCGUGUUCUGGUCACCAAAGGAUUUACCACACUGCCUAAGCACCUUCAAGAAGAGCUGCUGCUGGAAAUAGAGGGAGGCUUUGUAAGUUGGUCCUUUAAACAGUAUGUCUUCAGACAGUGAUAGGUCCUUGAAUUAAGGAGAUAAGCAAUAAACAGCAGAGUAUCAGGAGUAUGAAAGAUGACGAGGAUAAGCGUACCACCAUUGCGUUCCACACUCCCUUCUUGCUAAACGAUAAUCAGCCGGCGAACAACUGUGCUGACAGAAAGCGGAAAUCGUGCGCAAGAAAGCAUAACGAAGCCCCAAGAUCGUCUGCGUGGGAGGCUACUACAUGUAAGUCUUCCUACAGAAAUCGCGCGAGGGAGCCGCGUAAUUCACUCCCUGUGAAAAUCGCCUGAGCUGACUUUCUUACUGAAAUAUUCUAAACUUUACUCAUCAAACAAACUUGUCUGCAGGUUAUUUCUUCAGCCAUUGAAGUACUGAAUCACUGUGAUAGAAUUUCUUCCUGUACGCCGCUUGUCAAGUGGACUGCGCCCAUCCAUGUAGCUGUCUCCUCCAUUCAAGAAUCAUGUCUCCUGUUCAUCUCCAGUAACUUUUUUUCUUUAAUUGAUGAAACGAGUUUUCAUGAAGUUCUCAAGGUAAAUUAACGCUUAUAUUUUUUCUUGUCUUUAACCACGCUUGUCGCGUACGGUUUCAGGGUGCCGACCCGGGAAGGAGAGGGGGGGCACUCAACAAAGUUUUAUUCGGGGAGGACUCCGCCCGAGGUCCAACACCCUACCCUUUUAUAUACCAUUUUUGAGAGAAAAGGUACCCCUUUCGUAUACCUUCUUCUGACAAAUGAUAUCCCCUUCACAUACUUAUUUUAGAACUUUGCGUCUCUUUUUCACGGUCAUAAAAUCCUUUGGGUCCUUUUGCAGACUGAAAUGACAGAUUUCCCUUCCCUUUCAUAGACUUCAACUAAUACAAAUUUCUGCUCUUCAUAUACCUUAAACCUGAAAAAAGUUCCCCUUUCGGGCGAAGCCCCCGGAUCCCGUAUUGGCCAUUCUAGAGAUUAUACUUCAUAGACAUUUUAUGCGCGGCCUUCGGUUUUGGCUUGGUUUUGGUCAAGUGGCGCUGCUCGUUGGUUUGUCGGUUGGCCGAACAUUAUCAGGCUCCGACCGACUUCCCGAAGCAACCCGCUGUACGCGCGCGAGAAAAAUCUCUGUUGCCCGGGUAGUUCUGGGAUGAUUUCAGCGUAAAUUUCAUUAGCAGAAUGCGCUACUACUCUGAGCUAUAUCGUACACAAACGUGUAUCUAGUCGUGUGCAAGCUGCGUCUACGAAUAACGAUUUUAUCAGGUUUUUCAAUGUUCUUCUUCUUUUUGUAUUUCAGGGUGUAGGCUGGUCGAUUCCUGUUUUAGAGAAGAUUCUUUCUGCUGUGAAAAAGCACCUCGCAAUUGAUAAUUGUUGUGAUCAGCUUAGGGCCAUUCUUGAGUUAAAAAGGCUUCUUCACCUAAGGAACAUAGAGGAAGGCAAGGAAAGCUUUCCAGAGGUGAGGAGCGUUUUCUGCACAGCCAGGCAAAGAAAAAAAAGGACCAAAAAAGUGAUGCACGACCAGAGUUUUCAGUUUACUUUGUUUAUCCUGUGGCCUUUUUGACGUUCUUGCUGGCCUGAUUUACAUGUUUUGCGCCGUUGUAGUUGAGUCAACUUGUUUCUACUUCGAGUCCAAUCAAUUCUUGCAACGCUUGCUACAAAGAAAAUUUUUUUGCGAGACUUAGUUACAUCAUGAAGUGUUUGUCUAGGCAAUGCUUUGUAGAACUUGUUUGGCAAUGGUUUCAGUAACACAAUUUCGAGGCAAAUUGGAAGAAAAAUGCCUGAUUCGUGAAAAAUUCCUGUUUCUUUAGAUUUAAUGCAAAGUAUUUAUGCAUAUUUUUUGUGUGCAGGGGGAAGGAACACAAAAAAGGUUUCAAAAUGCGAAGGCACUUGGAAAGGCUAGACGUGAAAAACUAAUUUUCGCCUUUCCUAUGACUCUUGCACCGCGGCUGCAGCUGAAAAUGCCAAGAAGGACUCUAUAUGAGGCGGGAAAAAUGCCUAGAGUGAGAUUGUGAGAGGGUCUUCAAGCCUUGCUAUGGCCUGAAGAGAUAUAAGGCAGUUUCCUCUGAAAGAACCUGUCGAUGAGAGCACAAAGCUAGUCUUAUGGGAACUUGUUACUAAUAUAACCACAAUAUACUUACUGAUAGCUCUAUACAAAAGUGGCCAAAGCUUAUAACGGAGAUUGCUCGUACUAAUAGUCACAGAGAAGCGGUAAAUAAAUCCUAGUAGUUUGAACGCUAGAGUAGCUAUUUCUGUACCGUUUCAUGGUUAAAAAUGUUUUUGGUUUGUUACAGGAGGUAGACGACCUGAUCGUGCGUUUACACAGCGAUUGCUUGAAGUUCAUAAGGUGCAACCUCUUUAAAGUGACUCGAUCGGAGGGCUGGAGAAGAUUGAAGCCUCCUACUCAACGAGAUAUAAAGGAAGGUAACUGAAUAAUUAACCUCGAGCGAUGAAAGAAGCUGGUAGGAACGCUGAACCCUUAAUUUAACAUACCCUAGCGGGGUUUAUUGUACGGAUUUCGACCCUGCUUGCCAGAAGUCUCAGUUUUCUAAUCCUCUCUCUCUCUCUCCUUUUCUUUUGGGUAUCUUGGGCGUGCUUAAUGCAUUCAAGCCUUCAGGAGGCUUUAGGUUGACCGAACUCUAAAUUUAACAUUUCGGUCGGGUGGUUUCUAGGCUUUGUAUUUUACUUUACAAUUUUUCUAUAGGCGCUGUGUUCAGUGGCCUCACUGACUCAGGGAAUCGGCGUGGAGCUCAAAAGGAUACUGUUGGGCGAAACUCGGUGCCGGUAAGAUUCCCUGAUACAAAGUUUUGAUACUGUUAGUUUAUUAAUUGUCUUACUUGUUGGCUGAUCAGCUUUUAUAGGACGCUCACGAUCAGUAGUGCACUAUAAUCGAUAGGACUUUUUUAGGGUAGGUUGUUUAUAUUCCCGCAAUGGGUCUGGUUUAGUUUAUGUUGUAGAGUAGUGGUCUUGAGCACUGGUCAGGGCGGAGGUCCCAGUUUCGAUCCCAAGCGCCUGACUAAUUUUUAGGGUCUAAAGUAUGGUUGAGGAAGAAGGUUUUGAAAAAUAACUAGUCCUUCGCGUAGCUCAGAUGACCACUUAGAAAGGCGGUUUCGUCCCCAGUAAAGGUAAAAAGACAAAGGCGAAUAUGACCCAAUAAGAAGCCCACACGUCUGAAGUUCUGUCAACCUUGUUUCUGUGGCAUAAAACACCAUGGAGUAUUUCUACUCCAUGCCGAUAACCCAACCAAAUAAAAGGAACUUUUCUAUCAUUUGUAAAACGGGUUGAAGAGAGCAUAGGGAAGCAAAGUUUCCUGUGUAAACAAACAACGCGACGGCAAGGCUUGAACCGUGGACGUUCUGAUCCGAAGAUGGAGGUGUUAACCGCUCCGCUACCACGCCCCGUCCCCAUAAGAGGGUGUGAAAAACGACGUCCUCAAUUAGUACUUCAUGUUUAAUGUAUUUACAUUUGGCGGAGCUAAACGAAGUUCGAACCGCACACCCAUUCCCGUCUCGUAGUCGUGAAUAUAAAUAGGAAUACAUUGACACAUGGACUGUAUUUCACUUUAUUUUCCCCUUUUUGACAGCCCUCAAGCAGGUCAGCAACUACAAAACCUUCCCAAAGAGUUGGCCUUGAUUCCCGCACCAGAACAAUGGGGAGAGGAAGUUCCGCAACUAAUCCUCCAAGGCCCUCCAUGGCCAGAGUCGGCAACUGUGCGGUUGGAGGCCUUGCACGUACGAAUAAGAGACCCUUAUCGGCUCAAGCCGCGUCUUCACACAGUGGUAAAACAUCGGACUCAGGUAAAAUGUCGUCAGCGUCCAGUGGUGUUUCUCAAAAAACGCCUUCAUCAACCAGAGCCACUGUAGCAUUUGGAAGCUCUAUAAAGUCUACUUCAUAUUCUCAAAAUCCUAUGACGGACAAAAGACCGCUUUCUGGUCGCAACUCUACUGCCUCAGGCCGUGGGAAAACGUUAUCAUCAUCAACGUCUUUAAAUCAAAAACUCUCUUCACGAAUCUCAGAUCAGAGGGACCCAUUACCCACUAGGACCUCCAGCGCAAAGAAUAGCUCUUCACUACAACGAAAAACCUCUAACGGAAGGCCUUCAUCGGCUGCAAACGCCUCCAGAACAGUAAAGGAACAAAAAGUUUCAAAGCAUGCCAUGUCGACUGCUGGAUCUAACAGAAGUUUCUUAAAAUGUUCGUCAAAGGAGAAGCGCCUUUCCGUUGAAGGGGCUUGUGUUAAAAUGAAGAAGGCGUCAAGAAACGCCCAAGACCAGUCUAUGUCGAAUUCACGUCAUUGUCUUGGCGAAGUGAACGAGUUGGCUUCAAGUGAUUCAAGCGAAUCGUUGCUAGAGAAACGUCUCGAAGAGAGAAGUUCAACGACACGAGAAGUGGCUGAACAGGGUACUCCUAAACUGAGCGAAACCAGUCACUCGUUCGAACAAAAUGCUAACGAACUACAAACAAUGCAUGAGAAUUGCAGUCAUGAAAACUCCAGUAUAAGUCCUUUAGAGUGGUGA